CGACUGCGAGACACUCUCGAGCAACCUGGUUUCUUGCUUUCUUUGUUCCGCUUUGCUGAUUCGCCCGAAUCGUUUGUCUUGAUCGAGACGAGAGAAGAGGCAGAGCACCCUCCGUUGCUGCUGCAGCCCCGCCACCAUGGCGGAACUGGACACGUUGGACAUCGUGGUCCUGGGUGUCAUCCUCCUGGGAACCACUGCCUACCUGACAAAAGGCACCUUCUGGGCCAAGCCCAAGGAUCCCUAUGGCAGCCUGGCCCAACAACCCAACGGCAAAGCCGCCAAGUUGGGCAAGACGCGCAACUUUGUCGAGAAGAUGGAGGAGUCUGGCAAAAACUGCAUCAUCUUCUAUGGCUCGCAGACCGGCACCGCUGAGGACUACGCCUCUCGCCUUGCCAAGGAGGGCAAGAGCCGCUUCGGCCUCGAGACCAUGGUCGCUGACCUAGAAGAGUACGACUUCGACGCUAUUGAUACGGUGUCCUCGGAUAAGAUUGUCUUCUUCGUCAUGGCCACUUAUGGUGAGGGCGAGCCCACUGACAACGCUGUCGAGUUCUACGAGUUCAUCAACGGAGAAGAGCCCGCCUUCUCCAAGGGCAGCGCAGACGCUCCUCUCGAAAACCUCCACUACAUCGCUUUCGGUCUCGGUAACAACACUUACGAACACUACAACUCCAUGGUGAGGGAUACCGACAGGCUCCUGACCAAGUACGGCGCUCACCGCAUUGGCACCGCCGGCGAGGGUGACGAUGGCGCUGGCACUAUGGAAGAGGACUUUUUGGCUUGGAAGGAACCCAUGUGGAAGGCUUUGGCUGCUCACAUGGGCCUUGAAGAGCGCGAUGCCGUCUACGAGCCUGUCUUUGGCAUUGUCGAGCGUGAGGGUCUGACUCCUGAAUCCCCCGAGGUCUACCUCGGUGAGCCCAACAAGAUGCACCUUGAGGGCGCUGCCAAGGGCCCCUUCAACGCUCACAACCCAUACAUUGCUCCCAUUGCCGAAUCCUACGAACUGUUCAAGGUCAAGGACAGGAACUGCAUCCACCUCGAGGUUGACAUCAGCGGCUCCACCCUCUCGUACGCUACCGGUGACCACAUUGCCAUCUGGCCUACCAACGCCGGUGAAGAGGUUGAUCGAUUCCUGCGCAUUACUGGUCUUACCGACAAGCGUGAUCAGGUCAUCUCUGUCAAGGUUCUCGAGCCCACUGCCAAGGUGCCCUUCCCGACCCCGACCACUUUCGAUGCCAUUGUCCGCUACCACUUGGAAAUCGGUGCUCCCGUCUCCCGUCAGUUCGUCUCCACUCUGGCUGCUUUUGCUCCCAACGAGGAGAUCAAGGCCGAGAUGAACAAGCUGGGCAGCGACAAGGACUACUUCCAUGAACAGACCGGUUCUCAGCUCUUCAACAUCGCUCGCCUCUUGGAACACGUCAGCAACGGACAGGUUUGGGACAAGAUCCCCUUUUCUGCUUUCAUCGAAAGCUUGACCAAGCUGCAGCCCCGGUACUACUCCAUCUCGUCCUCUUCCCUCGUUCAGCCCAAGAAGAUUUCUGUUACCGCCGUUGUCGAAUCUUCCGCGGUUGUCGGCCGAACGGACCCGUUCCGUGGUGUCGCCACCAACUACCUGCUCGCCUUGAAGCAAAAGCAGAAUGGAGAUCCCGAGCCUUCGCCUUUCGGUUUGUCCUAUGAGCUCCAUGGUCCCCGCAACAAGUAUGACGGUAUUCACGUCCCGGUUCACGUCCGCCACUCCAACUUCAAGCUGCCUUCCGACCCUGCUAAGCCUAUUAUUAUGAUUGGCCCCGGCACUGGUGUUGCUCCUUUCCGAGGCUUCAUUCAGGAGCGAGCUCAACAGGCACGUGAUGGCGUCAACGUUGGUCGUACCAUUCUGUUUUUCGGCUGCCGUAAGAGCACUGAGGAUUUCAUGUACGAGUCCGAGUUUGAGGAGUACAAGAAGGCCCUUGGUGACAAGUUCGAAUUGAUCACUGCCUUCUCUCGAGAGUCUUCCCAAAAGGUUUAUGUUCAGCACCGACUCAAGGAGCGGGCCGCCGAGAUCAGCGACCUGCUGUCUCAAAAGGCCUUCUUCUAUGUUUGCGGUGACGCCGCCAACAUGGCCCGUGAAGUUAACACUGUUCUGACCCAAAUCAUUGCCGAUGGCCGUGGCGUGUCACAGGCCAAGGCAGAGGAGGUUGUCAAGAAUAUGAGGGCAGCAAACCAGUACCAGGAGGAUGUCUGGUCAUAAAAAAAAUUGCAUCUAGCACAAGAUGAUUCAAUUUUUCUUUUUCUCGAGGACAAUUAUACGGGACAAAAAAAAAACCCUGCCCCUCGAAAAAAAAUCAAUUUGCAUAAAUAUAUACUUGUUGGGAAGGGGGCCGGGGUCGUUUCGACUGCGAAGCACAUUGCCGGCGUUCGUUAUGAAGCCAUGCACAACAUCUGUCAUUUGUUCUUUAUUAGAUAGAUCCGUAAUAGCUGGGCAUCGGAUCUAAAGGUUAUAUCAGGAAAGGCCGGGCCCGUUCCUGCACAGAGGUUUUGUUUUUAUGAACCUUUGGUAAUUAUUCAUUGUUGUGCGGGAGGGUUGGCCGGCCGGAAAAUAGAGAUGGAUGGCUUGGAUAUGUAUGGUUUGGUGGAAAAAAUAAUGUGCAGGCUGGCGAAUUAUGAGAAUAUUACCACACGUUUUGACAU